CCCUUCGCCCUCCCAGUUCCUCCUGGCCCUGGUUCCUCUUUUCCACUGACUCCAGGAGCAGGUCAGCCCACAUAAAGCCAGGGCUCCUCUCCGGGGUACAGCGCUCAACAUGCCCACCCAAAGGCGGGCCCCUCAGCUACUGCUGCUGCCGCUGCUGCUGCUCACCUUGCCAGCCACAGGCUCAGACCCCGUACUCUGCUUCACCCAGUAUGAGGAAUCUUCCGGCAAGUGCAAGGGCCUCCUUGGGGGGGGUGUCAGCUUGGAAGAUUGCUGUCUCAAUGCUGACUACGCCUUCCAGGAGACCAGCAGCAAGUUCUGUAUGCCGUGCAGGCCCCCACAAUGGUCACCAUGGUCCACAUGGGCCCCCUGCUCGGUGACCUGCACCGAAGGCUCCCAGCUGCGGCACCGGCGCUGUGUAGGCUGGGGCGGGCAGUGCCCUGAGAAGGUGGAGCCGGGGACCCUCCAGUGGCAGCUGCAGGCCUGUGAGAACCAACCAUGCUGUCCUGAGAUGGGCGGCUGGUCCAGUUGGGGGCCCUGGGCACCUUGCUCUGCCACCUGCUCCAGAGGGACCCGGACUCGUCGUCGGGCAUGUGAUCGCCCCACUCCCAAGUGUGGGGGCCACUGCCCAGGAGAAGCACAGGAAUCAGAGGACUGUGACACCCAACAGGUCUGCCCCACACACGGGGCCUGGGCUGCUUGGGGUCCCUGGGGCCCCUGCCAAAGCACCUGCAAAGGUGGACCCAGCGAACCUGUGGAGAGACGAAAACGCACGUGCACAGCACCUGAGCCUUCCACGAAGCCUCCCGGGAAUCCCUGCUCAGGGUCAGCCUAUGACCAGCGGAUGUGCAGCGGCUUGCCACCCUGCCCAGUGGCUGGGGGCUGGGGGCCAUGGGGCGCUGUAAGUCCCUGCCCUGUGACCUGUGGCCUGGGCCAGACCCGAGAACAACGGUCGUGUGAUCACCCUAUGCCCCAGCACGGGGGCCCCUUCUGUGUCGGCGAAGCCUCUCGGACCCACAUCUGCAACACGGCUGUGCCCUGCCCUGUGGAUGGAGAGUGGGGGCUCUGGGGAGAGUGGAGCAACUGCGUCCGCCGGGGCAUAAAGCACAUCAGCUGCCAGGAGAUCCCAGGCCAGCAGACCCGCUCGAGGAUCUGCAAAGGCCGCAAGUUUGACGGACGGCGAUGUCUUGGGGAACAACAGGACAUCCGGCACUGCUACAGCAUCCAGCGCUGCCCCCUCAAGGAAGCCUCCUGGUCCGAGUGGAGUACCUGGGGGCUGUGCAUACCUCCUUGUGGCCCCAGCCCUGUCCGCACCCGCCAGCGCCUCUGCCAGCCCAAGCUCCCCAAUUUCCCGUCCACCAUUACCCCGGUCGAAGGUCAGGGUGAGAAGAAUGUAACCUUCUGGGGGAAACCUUUGGUAAAGUGCGAUGUGCUGCAGGGGCAGCACAUGAUGGUGGAGGAGAAACGGCCAUGUCUACACGCACCUCCCUGCAAUGAACCCUGAGGAUGAGAAGCUCUAACACCUCUCUCUUCCACUCUGACUCCCUGACCUCUCAGAUUUAAAUAAACCAGCCUCUUCCCCAAGA